AUGGUUUACCGGGCGAUCUGUUAUGGGCUAAUCGGCUUCGGAUCUCUAUGCUUUGUAAUUGUUCUUUACGACCAACUGUACGGUAGCCCAGUGAGAACCCGAAUAGAAGGGUUAGUAGAAGCGGUAAAAUUCUGGGAGAAGACGGAUGAAAUCGAGGAAGCCGAAGAUUCAAAUUCUACGUUAAGUGAAAUUCAGCAGGUCAUCGAUCUACAACGAAGUACCAUUUACGAAGAGAUGAUAGAUUACCAAUUUCCUAACGGAGGGUAUAGUAUAUAUUGCAGUAAACUUGAAGACCUGGUGAUGGAGAGCGAUGGAAAUCCGAUGAGGAGUAUCAUCGUAACAACCUGGCGUAGUGGGAGUAACUUUCUUGGGCGUAUUCUGGCGGCGCAUCCAGGGGUUUUUUAUCACUUUGAGCCGCUUUCGGAUUUUGACGUUGUUCAAAUCAGGGGCCCGCCACUUGCUGGCCCAGCUAUGACAAAUCUCAGGGCGGUGAUGAACUGCGAAUAUGCGAACGCAGGUCACCAUAUAGAAUGGGUGAAGACUCAUCCUUGGAUUUUUCAGGUUAAUCCACCUCUUGGGACUCAAUGCCAAGCUCACGAAAGCAUCUGCUAUAAUCGCCGAUUUCUCAGCGAGAUGUGUAAACUAUUUCCAUUCCAAUUAGUGAAGCUUAUACGCCUGAGGUUACAUAUCGUACAGGAACUUCUUGCAGACAAAAAAUUGGCUGUGAGAUUGCUACUUUUGGUAAGGGAUCCCCGUGGAACUCUUCAGUCGAGAAAACAUACUCCUUUUUGCCAAAGAGGUCGGGACUGUGUAGAUGCAGGUUUACUUUGCGCGGACUUAGUGUCAGAUUAUAACGCCGCGGUGGAACUGCAAAAUAAAUAUCCCUCUACAUUUAGAGUGUUAAGAUAUGAAGAUCUUUGUGCGGAGCCGUAUAAACAAGUGGAAGAACUUUUUCAAUUUUAUGGACUCAAUUUUCAUCCGAACGUUAAAAAGUUUCUGGACACUCAUACGAAAACUGACACUGGUAACGAGUUCAGUAGUUACAGAAAUUCAAAGACCGCUCCCUUUCAUUGGAGACAAGAUUUAGACUUCGAAGAAGUCGAAGAAAUUCAACAUCAUUGCCUUGUUGCAAUGAAACACUGGGGUUACGUGCCAGCAUUGAACGUUUCUCAUCAGAGAGAAUUCAAUCCAGUAACAGAUUAUACAAUAUAAUUAUAAUAUACUAUGCCGAAGUAUGUAACGAUAUGAAAAUGUUAUUUCAUGUUCAACAUACAUUCCAACAAACAGCCACAGG